AUGUCUAUAACAACUCAAGUCAUCUCCAACGAUGGAACCAUGGAUAUAGAAAAGGCAAUACAGUUGAAACCAGGAGUACAAACGAAAGGUCGAAUUUUCCCCUCCAAUGCGUCAAUCAUUCUCAUAGGUUCCCGAGGGUCGGGAAAACGAAGUUUGGGUUUUAUUGGAGCAACACAUCUUGGUCGACGAUUGAUAACUGAAGACCACUAUUUUCAGGAAGUCACAGGCCUUUCUCGUGCCGCUUACGUUCAGAAGAAUGGAGCUCAAAACUUUCACAAAAGAAAUAUCGACGUUGCGAGGCAAAUGUUAUACGAAAACAGAACAGGAUGCAUUAUAGAAUGUGGAAUGGCAAGUCUCGCAACAGAGGUACAGAAGACACUUCGAGAAUAUACAAAAACAAAUCCCGUGAUCUAUAUUCUUCGAAAUAGUCAAAGGAUUCGAGAAAUGCUGAACAUAGGAGAUUUCGAAGCUGCACGUUACGAAAACGCCGAUGCUGCUCAUCGAUUUUGUUCAAAUUAUGAAUAUUAUAAUUUGCAUGAUAGAAGUUGUGAUGGAAUGGCGAGUCCGAAAGAUCAAGGACUUCCCAAUGUUUCAUCAAAAUUAAAACAUGCAAAGGAAGACUUCUCGGCAUUUCUAGACUUCAUCACGGGCCAAGGUGUCCUUCGUAAUAGUUUAGAAAGUCCGUUCUCUAUCGCGGCUUUGCCACCCGAGUGCAGACUGUACACCUAUGCAUUAUCUAUUCGUAUGUCGACAAUUCCUGACCUGGAUCUUCAACAAUUGGAAUCUGGAGCCGACGCAGUUCAGAUCAAGGUUGAUGCCCUGAGGUCUCCCGAUAUCCAAAGGGAUUUGGCUAAACAAGUUUCAACGGUAAGAAGGGAACUUGGGGUACCAGUUAUCCUCCAUGCCGAAGAAUAUGCAUUUGAAGGUCUCUCAUUGUCCUUAUCUCAAAAAGAAGAUGUCUAUUUUGCAUUACUUGAGCACGGGCUUCGGCUGGGGGUUGAGUAUAUCGUCAUCGAUCUUAAGCAUUCAUUUGAUCGGGUCAUGCAGCUUGUUCGGUCUUCUGGAAGGACGAAAACUAUUGGACACUAUCUUCAUCGUGUCGAGAAUUCAUGGGGAUGGGAUGACGAGUCUAGGAUGAUACAAUACCGGAGAGCCGAGUCGAUAGGCUGUGAUAUUGUUAGGUUUGCUCGUGCAACCUCGAAAGAAAGUGACAAUGAGACUGUUCGCGGAUUUCUGAGGAAAAUUGAAGCUAUACCAGGCCAUCUUCCAGUGAUCGCCUAUAAUCUUGGAGACCAUGGAAGGAGUUCGCUAAUUGAGAAUCGAAUUUUUACACCAGUAACGCAUCCUGUCAUGAAUUCCACUGUUAGUAAAAGUCAACUCCGACAAUUUCUGCCAACAGCGGCAGAGGCUCGGCAGGAACUAUACCGAAAGUCUAUACUCGAUCCACUCCAUUUUGUACAUCUUGGAGCCAGUGUAGCCUACAGUUUGUCUCCAGCGAUGCACAAUACAGCUUAUGAAGUGUGUGGUAUGAGCAACGAUUUUCAAUCGCUACAAGUCAAAUCCGUUGAUGAUAUUCAUGCUAUCUGUCAGCGACCUGAUUUUGGUGGAGCAGCCAUCACACAGCCAUUCAAAGUCCAAAUCAUGUCGCAAAUUGGCCCAAAAAGUUACCAUGCAAAAGCUAUUGGGGCUGUGAACACUCUCCUACCACUUCGGCCGUCCUCGGGAGGCAAUUCUCUUGACGGUACUACGCAAUCCUUACUUCAACACGCAAAUCGUCGAAGUAAAACUGGACCCGUCACUGCUUAUUAUGGCGACAACACUGAUUUCAUUGGGAUAAUGACAUGCCUCCGCCGUAACAUAUCUCCAAGAAAUGUCGUUCAGCCAUCCAAAACAACGGGACUAGUGAUCGGUGCAGGUGGUAUGGCACGAGCAGCUGUGUAUGCCAUGAUUCAACUCGGCUGCCGCAAAAUAUUCUUAUUCAACCGAACACUUGAGAAUGCUCAGAGAGUUGCUGAUCACUUCAAUUCGUGGGCUACUAGUUUGAGUAAUCAUGGCAAAAUUGUACAUGUGUUGCAAUCAUCGCAGGAGCAGUGGCCACAGGGUUUUAGCCCGCCUACUAUGAUUGUCUCCUGUGUCCCGGCACGAAGUGUGGGCGAUCAACCGCCAGCGAAUUUCACGAUGCCUGUACAAUGGCUGGGUAGUCCUACCGGUGGAGUUGUUGUAGAGCUCUCCUAUAAACCUCCACUUACAACUCCUCUCCUCUCUCAAAUCCGCCAAUUUCGCUCCGAAACUAAAAUCGCCUGGGUAGUAGUCGACGGCCUUGAAGUCCUUCCCGAGCAGGCUAUCGCUCAAUUUGAGCUGAUGACUGGUGUCAAAGCGCCCAAGAGACGCAUGAGAAUGGAGGUAUAUUCAAAUUAUCAAAAAUAUGGGGAAGCAGAGGGAGAUAGACAGGCAUGGAUGGGAUGA